CGGCUUCAGAGAGCACCCGAGCGUCGACCGGUUUAAACUUCAUAAUUUGGACUUGGACUUGAACAUUGAAUUAAUAAAUUCAUAGCGAUUAGCGGUGUGUUAGCUUGUGGUUUGAUAAUCAUUUGUAUUAUAUACUAUAUGUUUUGGGGAAGAAAACAUAUAAUAAUAUUGUGAUAAUGACGCCAAAACAAGAGUUGGAAGCUUGGCGCAUAUCGGGUAUAUCGAGAAAGUAUCCCAGUUAUCGCAGGAAACUCUUUAUCAGCCAUGAGAGCUGGCUAGAGGGGAAAAGUCAAGAUGACGAAUCCGAGGGUCUCUGGCGCAUCAGAGAUAAGCUCUACGAUUUGACAGACUUCGCUAAAAGACAUCCUGGUGGCGCCUUCUGGAUCGAGCGCACCAAAGGCACCGAUAUAACAGAGCCCUUCGAGUCACAUCACAUAGGUGAGAGUGCGUCUAGGCUGCUGCCCAAGUACGAGGUGCGAGCGGCCAAACAGCCGAGGAAUUACAAAUUUACGCUGGACGAGAACGGCUUCUACAUGACUCUGAAGCGGAGAGUUCGUGAUAAGCUCAAGGCAUUGAACUACAAGCCGACGCGUAAGACUGACCUGCUACAUAGUGGCAUAUUGGCAGCAUUAUUCCUCUUUACUUGGCUGGACGGACGCACAGAUUAUCUGCUAUUUAAAGGACUGGCUGCAUUGUCGCUUUGCUGGCUGGGUACCUCCGCCCAUAAUUUCUUUCAUCAGCGCGAUAACUGGCGCAUGUACACAUUCAAUUUUACCCUGAUGAACUACACAACUUGGCGAAUUUCACAUGCUUUAUCACAUCAUGUCUACCCCAACUCUCUGCAUGAUCUGGAAAUGUCACUCUUUGAGCCAUUUUUAUGCUGGGUGCCAAGUCGCCAUUAUGCCACCAAAUUGCAGCGAAUUAUUUCGGUAUUUAUAUCACCUGUGGUCUACUGUCUACUUGGCUAUGUGCAGCUGAUAGAACGCAUUGUUUAUUCACUGACCAAAUCGAAUAUUAUGUUCUGGCACGAUGUUAUUGGAUUUUCAUUGCCGGCUUUCCUUUACCUCACUACGGACUUGAGCUUAGGCGAUGCCCUGGUCAAGUGGCUCACAAUUCUAACAUCGGGCAGUUUUCUUUUUGGAUUUAUUGGACUGACCGCUGCGCAUCAUGAUCCGCGCAUUUAUCAUGACGGCGAUGCUGUAAGACCCGAUCACGAUUGGGGCCUCUUUCAAAUAGAUACUAUUAUUGAUCGUGGCGAUGUGAAAUGGUCCGACCUGCUGGUGCUCACACAUUUUGGAGAACAUGCAUUGCAUCAUUUGUUUCCCACAUUGGAUCAUGGCGUUCUGAAACUCCUGUACCCGGAGCUGCAGCAAACAUUGAAAGAAUUUAAUGGUGAGCUGCGUGAAAUCAACCACUGGGGUCACAUUAAGGGUCAGACUCAACAGUUGUUGCGUACCGAAGUCAAUCCUGUGCCACCGGGGAGCAAAAAAUUGGCGUAGUACGAGUAUAGGCAACAAAGCUAUAACUGUGUUAGUAUUUAGUUCAUUAGAGUUAGAUAAGCGGUGAAUGCAAUGGUGAUUAUAAUAUAAAUAAAAACGUAUAAAUGUUUCUAGUAAAAUGUCAGCAAA